ACAAAUGACAAAAGUUCCAACGAACUCAUCUCUGGGUCGUCAAUCUUAUCUACCAAAUGCAACCAUUAAAUACAACAAACAACUCGAUAUAUACCUCAGGGAGAUGUGUACUUUAGGAAGGACUUUCAGAAUUCAGGGGAAAGGGGAAGUUUAAGUGUGUGUACAUAAGCGUAUGUUAAGUAAAUGUUGAGGAACUUAAGGAUGAAGAUUUUAGUAGGUAAGGAAGGUUAGGAGGGCUGACUAUUAUAGCUCCUCAGUGUGUUGGUCGCUGCCACGGUGUGAACAGCUAACCCUGAGCUCCGUUGCCAGCCGUUCAAGCCAAACAUUGGAUAUAUACAAUAACUAUUAUAUACAUAUAAUAAGUAUAUAUAUAUGUAUAUAUAUAUUUAAGAUAAUUUAUAUAGAAGUCUUGUAUUGUGGUAUAUGGCCUUGUAUUAUAACUAAUAAAACUAACAGCCCAAACUAUUGAACUACGUGAUGGUGUGAUUGUAACCAGAAAAAAGGGCUCCAUUUCACAUUGAGGAAGUGCUUAUAAUUUGUCUAUUGUGUGGUGGUACCGGCGAGCUAUUUACUAAGUCUGUGGACGUUAUUGUGACAUUUAGAGCCAGAAUCAUGACGUGUCACGGUAGCUUGUUAUUAAUGAUGGUGACAAUGUGUUGGCCACAUUUGACGUGUGCAACAGAUUUUCCUUCCUGGACUGUCGAAUCGUGUCCUUUUCCCAAACUGCCUGCGGAUCACCCUAUCGGCAUCUAUCAACCAGAGUGGCUGGACUUGAGGAACGUGAUAAAGCUGCCCUCGCAGUUCUUCUGGAUCAUCUUCUCUGGGGUGAUCCUCAACAUGGACAAGUUUGGUCUCAAGAGUGGUGUGCUUUAUCACGUCACCCGCCAUAACAAGACCGUUUUCGCUUUCCAAGAGGAGAAUGGCCCAGUCCUUCCCUACAGCUUACCAUUAUCCAAAGUGGUCCUGGAUAAGGGCUCUUACGGCUUCGUCUCCUGCGAGAAGAACAGAGAUAAAGCAAAGGAAGAAGCCUGGGCCUGGUGGAGUACUAUCCCUGUAUCCUACAUAACCAUUGUGCUGAUAACAGUGGGCGUACUCAUGGUGGUCAUGGCGGUGGUGGGCGUGAUCGUGGGCGUGAGGCGGCGAAAACGAUCAAGAGGGAACGCCCAGUUUAUAUGAAGCACACACACAUACUUUACCCAGUCAAUACAACUCACCGACAGUAAAUAUAUUGUACAGUAUUUCCUUACUGUAUGAAGAAUGAUGUAUAUACAACACCUGUAGCUAAUCUAUUUUAUAUAUUUAUAAUUUAUUUCUAUUAAUAAAACAUUCCAAGAAGGUGU